AUGGGUUCAACAACGAAUCGGUUGGAUCCAGUUGAAGACUAUGCUAGACUUCUGAUGCAACAGGCUACGGCCCGAAUUCUCGAGAAUACCGGUUUUGCACAGGCUGGUGAACGGGCAUUAACCACACUUACAGAUAUCACCAGGUUUAUGAUGCAGAAACUUUGGAUUGAUGCGAAACAAUUUGCGGAACACGCCGGAAGAAUAGAGCCGAAUUUCACGGAUGCCCAUAUGGUGUUCGAGAAUUUACAGUUUAAUGUCACUGAAUUGCACGAUUACCUGCAACAAACCUACUCGAUACCACCGAAAAGGAAGGUACCACAGUUCCCAGUGCAGUUAGAGUCAUCUUCAUCAAGUCUUUACGAUCCAGUCUCAGAGCGAGAAUUGGCCGAAAGGUCAGAGGAUAUCCCACGUUUUAUGCCACCGAUUCAUCCGGAAUGGUGUUCGAAUGCUGUGUCACCCUGUUCAUCGUUGCCAAUCACAUCGGUAUGUGAUGCGACUCAAAAGAGCAAUCUGGAAGAGACUAAUUCCGAGAAUAGUAAUGAAACAAUGAUGCAGCAACAGCAGUCGACGGCAAGUGAUAAUAAUAAGGAUGAGAACGGAAUGCAGCAGACGAAUAAUCAGCGUGGAUCAUCGCGAUCGAGCACGUCGUCGUCGAAGUGUAGAGUGGCAUUCCCAGAUUUCAGCGGUCUAACAGCCAAAGAUCUCGGUCUGAUAAGGCAAAAGCGAUCGAGUUUCGCAUCGCUUCAGAACGCCGAACCGAGCGGCAUCUCGAGUUCGGCAAAUAUCUCAUCAGUACACAGCAACGAUAACAUCAACACUGACCAUAAUGCAAAUACUAAUAACAAAGACACAACAACAUCGCCAGUCACCAUCAACACAGUCAAAUUGAAGCAUCGUAAAGCCGUGAAUCAUAUCAUUAAUAUUGCUAAUAAAGAUGAUACUAGCAACACGAGUAAUAAUGCCGAGAAAUUGUAUCACCACCAUCAGCAAACGAAAUUAACGGUGUCACAGCAGCAGCAGCAGCAGUCAGUAUCGACGAGUAACGUUAACGAUAAUAGUGCUAAUCAGCCAUCAACAUCCACAAAUACAGAAGCGGUCUCGAUGGUACGCAGCAAGGAGGUGAUAUCGUCGCAGUUGAAAUUGGAGUCCGACGAGACGCAGUCUGAAAAUAAUUUCCCUGUACGUCGAGCAAGUGGAAUGUUCGGAAUGCCGCCGUCAGCAGUGGUAAUGCAUCAUCAUCAACACCAUCACGCUGCACUGGGCGGUGCUAGGAUGGUGUCGACAGCAUCCGAUUCGAAUUUAUUGAGGACGGCAGGGACCGGGUCAGGAGCUGGAAGUGGAGGGGGAGGAGGGGGCGCGUCCGAUGACGGAGGGAGCCCUGGCAAGAGCAAGAAGAAGAAGGCAAAGAAAUUACACGAUAAGGAGAAGAAGGAGAAACAUAAAAGCAAAGACAAAUCGCACAAAGAGAAACGCAAGCAGCAGCAGCAGCAGCAAGAGAUAGGAGGAUGUUCGCUGAAUGCAACGGCAUCGUGUUCCUCAUCGAUAUCGUCGUCGUCGUGUUCCGUGUUCGGUAUGAAUACAACACAAGCAACGAGCACUAUAUCCACAUCAUAUCUGCAGGUGGCAUCUGCAGCAUCUCUAGUAACUGCAGCGGCAGCAGCAGCAACAGGAAAACAGUUGAUAUCGACAUCGAGACAGCAAUUCCAGCUGCAUGACGAUCUGCCGUUGAGUGCGGCUUUGGUGGCUGCGAGGGGAGGUGCGGGUGCAGAGCCGUGUGCAGUGCCCGGCACGAGUAUGAACACGUCGUGCUGGCUCGAUAACGCCACAAUACCCAAGAGUGAGUCGGUGAGGUUGGAUGUGUCACAAGCGGUGGAUGAGAAGCCAUCGAUAGGGUGUGCGGCGUCGAGUUCGGGUCUCGUCACGAAAUUUCACGUUAGCAGCACCUCUAGCAGCCAUAAAGCAGCAGCAGCCCUCAAAUCGCCGUCAAACAACACAAAUGAAGUACGCCGUCAAACGCACAGCACUAAGAUAAGCGUCUCUUCAGAACAAGAGUCGUGUUCAAAAAAAAGUAUUGUUGCGAUUGUUGCGAAAGUAGUGAUAGAGGGUAGCGAUUCAUCACGGUCUGAGAGGAAGGCAAAGGACUCCGACAAGGGCUGCAAUAGUGCCCAACGGGGGAUUAGAAAGGCGAAUGGAGACGAGCUGGGCUUGUUGUCUGCAGAAGGUUUGGACAGUGCAAAGAGGAGGAAACAACAAGAGGGUGCAUCCUUAGGUGUUGCUGGCAGUAGUGAGUAUAGUUGUAGUAGUGCUACGGCUAGUGCUAGUGCUGCAGGGAUUGCACGUAAAACUAAAGCAAAUCCCCGGGAAGUGCUGGCUACUGCUGCUGCUGGGAAGGUAGUGGGCACUGGCACUGGGACUGGGAAUGGGGCUGGAACGGGGCGUGACAAAGAAGUGAAAAGAAAGACUUUCGGGGAACGGGCAGCCUCAGAGGAGUCAGCCAAGCACAAUGCAAACGUCCUCAAAUUAAAAUUCCACCCGUCCGCAAGCAACCUUCAACAGCACAAUACCCAUAAUAACAAUGAGACACCGAAAAUAACAGUUAAGUUGUCGAGGACGUCAGAUGCUCAGCAAAAUAAAGAUCUCACUGCAUUGAGUUCGUCUUCGAAAGCGGCAGCAUCAGAAGUAACAAUGCGAUCCCAAAACGAAAGCCAGGAAAAGGAAAAAGGUGACGAGGUGGUGAGUGAGGCGCAGUUGAAUAGUAUCGAAGAGGCGUUGAUGGGGCGAUUAUCACCGAAGACGUGGGAGGAUGAGGGGAGGGGUGAGGGGGAGUUGGUGCUGGUGGUGGACGGCAAGGAGAAGUCGACCGAUGGGGUGAUUACGGCCAGUGGAGGGGUGGUGAAGAAACGGAAACAUAAACGGGUGAGUGGGUUGAGUUUUGAUAGGUUGAUUGGUUGA